AGUCCUAUGAGACAGGAGACAGGCGUGGAUGACAGCCGUACCAUGCAGUGUAAACAACUUACACUUCUGUCCGUCUUCUGUCUGUGUCUCCGAAGGUCUGUGGUGUACUGUACCUGUCAGUAUAAGGACCACUGGGUUCAUGGAUCGUAUCAAAUCCCAACAACGGACAACCAAUAUUCCAAAGAGCUUUCAGAGAUAAGUCUGUAUGAGUGCAUGGCUAGUUGUUUCACGCACACCGAGGCGUGCCGGUCGUUUAAUUACUGGACGAAUUCGUCGGUGUGCCAGUUCUUUGAGAAAUCCCUGAGUGACAAUGACAACAAGGAAGAGGGUACCAAUGUCCACGCCAUUUACACCGACAUGGCCACCAUGCCACAGGAGAUGUCGGAUGUUGUGGGAGGCUGCAGCUUCAUCACCUGCAGCGAAUCCUGCUACCUGGACCGAAACAACCGACCUCGGUGCAAACUGCCAGCGGCGGGUAUGGCAGUGGAUUAUUGAAACUGAGGAUAGGGACGGUACUCCUGCCGGUAGAUGGCGCCCUACCAAGGUCACGUGAUGUCUACGUCAGUUGGAUGGAUUAUCGGAAUGUCACACAAUUUUGUUGUACAUUAUAUUGUGCUUAUACACGACAACCUGCCUCUUCGCGGACCCCUCAUCUUGUGGAUAUAAGUAACAUCAAGACGAUGCAGUCACACGCGUGUGUAUACGUUGGACAUUUUUGUUAAACAGUGUUCACUGUAUAUAUGACGUGGGUAGGUCACGUGGUACUGCAUGGACCACAACUCACUCUGUAUAUCUGCGUGGUGACACCUACAUCAGGAGUGAUCUUAAGCCCUAUAACAUGUUUUGCUUGUUAAGCUUGUUUGUUGAUUUACGCCGCACUCAGCGAUAUUGGCGGCGGUCUGUAAAUAAUCGAGUCUGGACCCUAUCGUUGUGUUCACACGUGCCUCGGUCAGCGCCGUGCUCGUUGGAAUGAGUGAGUGAGUGGGUUUAAGUUUACGCCUCACUCAGCAAUA